AAAAAGCAAAGGGGAAAUUCUGGGGAGCCUUCUUCACUCAAUUGGAAUUCCCAAAUUGCAAAAAACCCUAACCAAAGCUGAUCCAAUGGAGGAUGUUGAAGCAGUGGAGGAAGGACUUCGUAGCAGGCGAAAGUUUGUUCAGUCGACGCUGUUUCCGAACAGUGCGAAGCAGAUUCCAGUUAAAGGAGGAGCUGAGGAAGCUGAAGAAAAGAGAGUAGAUGAAGAAGAAGAAGAUGAGGAGGAAGAGUGGUGUGCGAGCCAAGAAAAUGGGAAUAAGACGAAAGGAAAACAGAGAAAGAAGAGAAAUUCCAAGGCAACAACGCCGCAGACUAACUCAAGAUCUUCUAAGAAGGUUGCUCUAAACGGUAGAGAAACUUCAAGCAAGGAAAUGCCUGAUGGAGACUCUUCAGUUGUUGUCAAAAAUGAUUUCUUUCUAAAGCUUUCAGAGAGAAAGAAUCAGAAAAGACAGCAAAAUGAGCAGCUAUACACUGAGUCACCUGAAAAGAUCCAAACAUCUUGCUCACCUCCUGAGUUUGCUGCAAAUAAGAGGACUCCUCGGUCGAAGAAGAAGCUUGCUAGAUCAACACCAGAGAAACGCCAACUGGAUAUUAAAGCAAGAAAAAACAUGCUGAUCAGUGGAUCGAUGGAAGCAUGUUUGGUUCCACGCAACCUUAUGGAGGAUGAAUCAAUGUUACACUCAAUUCCUGAUCUCCGAAUGGAGGCUAAAAAGACAGCUGAGGAGGAUUCCCGCAGAUAUGCAGGAAAACAAAUACAUCCUUUUUUUCAAUCCUUGAAAAUGGGUAAGAAGAGCCAAGAAGUGGUUGAUGUGGAGAGUAACUGGUAUUCUUCUGAGGGAGAGGGAAAAAGCCUUACUUUCAGCCCUAUUCAUGUAUUUGAAAUAGUUACGGAGGAUGAAACUGCCUUUGAUUGGGGUCACUGGAUCUUUUCUGAAGCUUGUUUUCUCGAUGCUGAUGUUGUGCUAGAAUGUGGAAGCUCUCCACUCUCUGAAGGUUCCACCACCUCUCUACAAUUUGAUAGCUUUUCUUGCAUCUCUGAUCCGAAGAGAACAUUGUCACAACUAAACAAGAUGGCACUGAAUCAACAUGCUAUUCCACAAGAUGAAGUGGUCUCUGAUCAUUCGUCUAGAGAAACAAAAUUAUAUCAUCCAGCAUUAUCUGUAGUUGCUGAGGAACAAAUCAGCCACUCUGAGCAGCUAAAGAAUGUGGGAGUGGCAAAUGUAGUGGACUCCCUCCAAAAUAACCUUAGCAGUUCAGAUACCAAGAAGCAAGGUCAAUUUCUUCAAGAAAGGAUAGUGUUUGACUAUCAGAACUGUCCCAGUCAGCCUAAAAGUUGUCUGUGGACUAACAAAUAUCAGCCGGAGAGAGCUUUUCAGGUGUGUGGUAAUAGCAAGCCAGUGAAACUUUUAAGUGAUUGGCUGCAUCUUUGGCAUGAAAAAGCUUCUCGCACAAGCAAGUCAAGCAUUCAGAGUGAUUGUGAUACUCUUCAAGACUUCUCCGACAGCCUUUAUGAAAGUGAAGCUGACUCUUCAAAUGAAGAGCGGCUGAAGAAUGUCCUGCUGGUAUCUGGACCAGUUGGGAGCGGAAAGUCGGCUGCAAUUUAUGCCUGUGCCAAAGAACAGGGAUUUCAAGUGAUUGAGGUUAAUGCAUCAGAUUGGCGAAACGGAGCUCUUGUAAAACAGAGAUUUGGGGAGGCUGUAGAAUCCCACUGGCUUCAACGGAUGCAAAAAGAUCCAGUGUAUUUGGAGGACAAACUAGUGUCUGGCGGUGGAGUUAUUGAAGCGAUACCUUUGUCUGAUGAGGAAAAUGCUCCAAAUGCCACUGGAGUACAAAGAAAACAAGUCUUCAGGGAGGAGAUAACUGCUAAUUAUCAGGGUGAAACUAAGACUCUAAUUCUUUUUGAGGAUGUGGAUACCGCUCUUUGUGAAGACCGUGGUUUUGUCUCUACCAUUCAACAGCUUGCAGAGACUGCAAAGCGGCCCAUGAUAUUAACUAGCAACAGUGACAAUCCGGUGCUCCCAAAUAAUUUAGAUAGGCUACACGUGUGCUUUAUGAGGCCAUCUUUGGAGGAGCUCCUUGGACUUGUGCACAUGGUAUGUGCUGGAGAACAAGUUAAAAUUCACCCAAUGCUAGUAGAGCGGUUUGUAGAUCAUUGCCAUGGAGAUAUUCGUAAAACUAUUAUGUAUCUCCAGUUCUGGUGUCAAGGCCAAACUUUGGAGAAAGGUGAUGACCUGAAGCUAAGAUAUUGUCCUCUUCAGUUUGAUCUAGAUGCUGGUCAUCUGCUACUACCGAAAAUUAUCCCUUGCGAUGAUUUCCCAACUCCACUAUCAGAACUUGUGGAUGAGGAGAUAACUAAGUCGAUGAGAGUAGAAGAAGAUAGCUGCUUGAUGAACGAGAUAGCUGAGGAAGAUGAGCUAUACAAUAUUACUGGAAAGAACAAUUCUAGGAAUCACGAUAUGGGUGCAAACAAUGUUAAUGGAAAAAAGGAUGCAAUGUUGAGCUUGCUCUACUCAUUUCAGGAUCACAAUGAGUGUACUAUAUUUGGUACUACCUCAGAAUUUUCUGAUGCCUCUGAAUCACCAAUUGCAUUCACUCGAAGAAAUACGCUGAGAAAACUUGAUAGAGUCAUGUCUUCAGAUUCUGAGGAGGAAUGCAGCAGAGUUCCCUUGUCUUUAGAUCAACCUGAUACCAUAAAUGAAGAGAUUGAAACAGCAUGCAGUUCUCCCUCCCAUUUUUCUGCUACUGAAAUCUCCUGCAGUUUAUUGACAGAGAAUUUUCAUUUCAAAGCUAAAAGGUUGAAAAGAAAUUAUUUGGAGACAACUGAUUAUUCUACUGUGAAUGUCGUAAGUAAGUCUGUGAACAUUUCAUGUGUGCCAGAGUCAUCAUUCAUCCCUGAGACUCUGCUUACUACUGAUUCAGAAUUAAUUUCAAAUACGGAGUCAUAUAAUGAUAUUGAUGUCAAAGUUGAGGCUGAUUAUUGUAGCAAUCUGUCCCUUCCAAGUAUGUAUCCACUCAAGGUUGAGAAACUUGAUGAAACUGUUCUUCUAUCUUCCAAGUAUCAGGAGUUGCAGGGUUGUAGUUCUGAUAGAAUAACAAAAUCAAUUCCUGGUGAGGUUGGUAGUUCUGAUAGAAUAACAAAAUCAAUUCCUGGAGAGGUCGUAGAGCAUUUCAACGGACAAUGCAUGGAGGAUGUUCCAAGUGGAUAUCGGUUGUUGGAUGAGUGUAGCCGCAUGGACUUCAAUAAAAAUUCUACAUCCUCUAAGACUAUUGUGCAGCUUAACCUGAAUACUUCUGUUCAGGAAACAUGGAGAAGACUUCGUGAAGGUUGCCUAGACCUGAAACAGUAUAUCACCCCAGAGCAGAAAGAAUCUUCUCAGAUUCUUAAUGUUGCUCAUGAAAUGAGUGAUUUGAUUUCAGUGCUGACAAAAUCAAUUCCUGCUGAGGUUGGUAUUUCUGAUAGAAUAACAAAAUCAAUUCCUGGUGAGGUUGGUAGUUCUGAUGGAAUAACAAAAUCAAUUCCUGGAGAGGUCGUAGAGCAUUUCAACGGACAAUGCAUGGAGGAUGUUCCAAGUGGAUAUCGGUUGUUGGAUGAGUGUAGCCGCAUGGACUUCAAUAAAAAUUCUACAUCCUCUAAGACUAUUGUGCAGCUUAACCUGAAUACUUCUGUUCAGGAAACAUGGAGAAGACUUCGUGAAGGUUGCCUAGACCUGAAACAGUAUAUCACCCCAGAGCAGAAAGAAUCUUCUCAGAUUCUUAAUGUUGCUCAUGAAAUGAGUGAUUUGAUUUCAGUGGCUGAUUUAUUACUUACUGAUUGCAAACACCUCCUACCUGAUUCUCUGGAGGCUUCAAUGAUCCCUAUCAAAGAAUCUCAUUCGUACAAUUGGCAUGAUGACCAGUUGAAGAUGUUUUCAAUUUUCGCUCAACAUGGAGUUUGCUGUUUUGCGAAAGAAAUUACUUCUCUCAGACCGAGCACCUCAUCUGUGCAUGAGGUGGACUUGACCUGGGAGAUGUUGACAUCCACAAACAGUACAAUGGCACUGGGAAAGAUGGUUGGACAGAGUAGGGGAAAACAUGAGGGCUUGCAUUUAAGGCUACCGAAAAUUUGUCAUUCCUUCAGAAGCAAAGUGGACCCUAAUGCAUACAACUUACUUCAGUCUGUUGUUCCAUUGCGCUCACACAUUGCAAUGAAAGGUGAUUCAUUUCAUGAAUAUCUGUCUUCAUUGAGCCAAAUCUCAAGAUUUGGAAUCACUGGGUUAUCAGAAAGCAUUGAUAGGAGAAGACAGAGAAGGGCACGUGCUGGUCAACACUACCUUAGUUCUGGUAGAUUAGGUUUGUCUCAAGAUGAUAUCUCAUUACUGGGCCAAUAUAAUUGCUACCAGAAAGAUCUACCAGGGUCAGAGACUUGAUGUAUAUAAUUUUAGAGAUGGAUCCCCCACCACCACAAAUGAAAUGGGAGAGGGAUGCAAUGUAUAAUCAAUUGUUGUUUAUGGUAAUAGCCACGGCCAGGCAGCAGUUUAGUUUGCCUGAAACCAUGGACGUCAAAGAUAACAGUUAGGAAUAGGCACACUAACUUAACUGGAGAUGUAGUUCAGUUAUUCCUUCAUUUGAUAUCAUACAUAGUCAUGUACCCUGUCAAAACUAUACAGUUUUACAGUUGGUAAAUUCAAAAUAAAAUGUUGGGGAAAAAAGGUUU